AUAGCAGUCAGAUUUCAGGCCUUGAAGGCGAAUUGUAAUUGUGUUGAUGCACGCGUCUGGCACGUACGCUGAAACGUGAUGACGUACCGUGUCUGUAGGUCGACGCUGCUUAACUUGAGUUGUUUGGUUGUCUACGAGGACAGAAGUGUAGCUGGCAGUGCAGCUGAGAGGGUUCCAGUUGAUGUUGUUGCUCCUGGGCCGCAGGGUACCGCUGUCAUUCUCACACAGACUCACUGCCUGCUGUCCGUCCUCCCUGCCGCCGAGUCCUCCCCGCCGAGGCCCCUUCUGCUCUGUAUUAAUAAAGCUGAGACUCACACACAGCACCGUCUCCGUUAGCGGACACAACACAGGAACCAUGCCCGAAAGGAGGCCCUUCGUACGGCUACCCACUGACGUGUACCCCGUUAACUACGGCUUGUGUCUGAAGCCGGACCUGAUCGACUUCACCUUCGAGGGCAAGCUGGAGGCGCUGGUGGAGGUAAUACAAGCCACGAAUCAGAUUGUGAUGAACUGUGCUGACAUCGACAUCAUCACAGCUUCGUUCGCACCACAAGGAGGAGAAGAAAUAAACGCGACAGGAUUUAACUAUCAGAACGAGGAUGAAAAAGUCACCCUGUCAUUUCCUAGCGCCCUACAGAAAGGCUCCGGCACGUUGAAGAUAGACUUCGUUGGGGAGUUGAACGACAAAAUGAAGGGAUUCUAUAGAAGUAAAUAUACAGCCUCUGCUGGAGAGGUCCGCUACGCUGCUGUCACACAGUUUGAGGCCACGGAUGCUCGCAGAGCUUUCCCGUGUUGGGACGAGCCCGCUAUUAAAGCCACCUUUGACAUCGCUCUGAUAGUUCCCAAGGACCGGGUAGCCUUGUCAAAUAUGAAUGUCAUUGAUCGAAAGCCAUAUCCAGAGGACGAGAACCUUGUGGAAGUGAAGUUCGCCACCACCCCCAUCAUGUCCACAUACCUUGUAGCUUUUGUCAUCGGUGAAUAUGAUUUUGUGGAGAGCCAAUCAUCAGAUGGUAUCACGGUACGCGUCUACACACCUGUGGGGAAGGCGGAACAAGGGAAAUUUGCACUGGAGGUUGCGACUAAGACCUUACCUUUUUACAAAGACUACUUCAAUGUUCCUUAUCCAUUGCCUAAAAUUGAUCUCAUAGCUAUUGCUGAUUUUGCUGCUGGUGCCAUGGAAAACUGGGGCCUUGUUACCUACAGGGAGACGGCUCUGCUCAUCGACCCCAAGAACUCCUGCUCGUCCUCCAGGCAGUGGGUGGCGCUGGUGGUCGGACACGAACUCGCCCACCAGUGGUUUGGGAACUUGGUCACCAUGGAAUGGUGGACUCACCUGUGGCUAAAUGAGGGCUUCGCGUCCUGGAUCGAGUAUCUGUGUGUGGACCACUGCUUCCCAGAGUACGACAUCUGGACCCAGUUUGUCUCUGCGGACUACACCCGAGCUCUGGACCUGGACGCUCUGGACAGCAGCCAUCCCAUCGAGGUGAACGUGGGCCAUCCAUCAGAGGUCGAUGAAAUCUUCGACGCCAUCUCCUACAGCAAAGGAGCCUCCGUGAUCCGCAUGUUGCACAACUACAUCGGGGACGAGGAUUUCAGGAAAGGAAUGAACGCAUAUCUUUUGAAGUUCCAACAUAAAAACGCUUCGACAGAGGACCUGUGGGACUGUCUGGAACAGGCCAGUGGGAAACCCAUCGCUGCAGUGAUGGGCUCGUGGACCAAGCAGAUGGGCUUCCCCAUUAUAGAGGUCGACCAGGAACAGCAAGGUGACGACCGAAUACUCAAGUUAUCUCAGAAGAAGUUCUGUGCUAGUGGACCACAUAACGGUGAGGACUGCCCCAGCUGGAUGGUCCCCAUUAGCAUUUGUACCAGCGAGGACCCCAAAUGCACCAAGCUCAAGGUUCUGCUGGACAGACCGGAGACCACCAUCACCCUCAGCGGCGUCAGCCCCGAAGAGUGGGUCAAGAUCAACCCCGGCACCGUGGGCUUCUAUCGCAUCCAGUACAGCUCGUCCAUGCUGGAGAGUCUGCUGCCGGGCGUCAGAGACCUCAGUCUGCAGCCCGUGGACCGGCUGGGCCUGCAGAACGACCUCUUCUCUCUGUCUCGUGCCGGGAUGAUCAGCACGGUGGAGGUGCUCAAGCUGAUGGAGGCGUUUGACAACGAGCCAAACUACACGGUGUGGAGCGACCUCAGCUGCAACCUGGGAGUGCUGUCCUCGCUGCUGUCCCACACCGACUUCCACGAGGAGAUCCAGGAGUUCAUCAGAGACCUCUUCACCCCCAUCGGCCUGGAGCUCGGCUGGGACAGCAAACCAGGGGAAGGUCACCUGGACGCCCUGCUCAGAAGUCUGGUUCUGGGGAAGCUGGGGAAGGCGGGACACAAACCCACUCUGGAGGAGGCCCGGCGGAGAUUCAGAGACCACGUGGAGGGCAAGCAGGUCCUCCCUGCAGACCUCAGGAGCCCGGUGUAUCUAACGGUGCUGAAGCAUGGAGACAGCGGCACACUGGACACGAUGCUGAAGCUCCACAAACAGGCCGACAUGCAGGAAGAGAAGAACCGCAUCGAGCGAGUGCUGGGCGCCAUCUCUGCCCCUGACCUCAUCCAGAAAGUCCUCACCUUCGCCCUCUCGGAAGAGGUCCGUCCACAGGACACGGUGUCGGUGAUCGGGGGCGUAGCGGGCAGCAGUAAACACGGCCGGAAAGCCGCCUGGAAGUUUGUCAAAGAUAACUGGGAGGAGCUUUACAACCGCUACCAGGGCGGCUUCCUCAUAUCACGGCUCAUCAAGCUCACAGUCGAUGGAUUCGCUAUCGAUAAGAUGGCUGCUGAAGUCAAGAGUUUCUUUGAGAGUCACCCGGCGCCGGCGGCCGAGCGUACGGUGCAGCAGUGUUGUGAGAACAUCCUCCUGAACGCCGCCUGGCUGAAGCGCGACGCAGACGACAUCCAGCAGUAUCUACUGCAGCGCAAAGCUCCCCCCGUCUGAGCUCCCGCCGCAGCCUCCCUCCAACCCGCCUACUCCAGCCCCCCCUGCCCACCCACUCCCCCUUCGGACCUCCCAGCAUCAUAGCUGCCUCGCCCCCCCCCCCCUUCCCCCCUCCCUCCCCCCUCUUUACGGAGCAGAGCGGGAGAGCAGAGCGUACUUUACAGCGGGCUUCAUUUCUCAAAGAAACUGUACGAAAACAAGACGGCAAAGCCAAGAAUCUAAUCGAGUGUUGGAAACACAGAGACUCUUUCUACGUUAACCAAGCAGAUCCAUUUUAGUCAGACCAGGAAUGUAGUUUUAGCCUCAUCCUGCCCUCCGCUAACGUCACCGCACCAAGUCAAAGAAGCAUCUCGCUAACUCCUCCUGCCCCCCGUAUGCACUUCUUCAUCGUCUCCGCGCCAUAGCUGAGAAAACUGUGAAUCUCCUCCUCCUCCUCCUCCUCCUCCUCCUCCUCCGUUCUUCUUCCUGCUGCCCAAAUUGAAAAAAGCAUGAAGUGUGAUUUUUCUGCAUUUGCUGCUUUGUUUUUCUUCUGUUUGUUUUCUGUACAAACAAUUUGUUAUUUUUGCCCCGCCCCCCCUCUCGUCUCCCUUUUCACUGCGUGUCCACACCUUGGUCUCCGUGGUCGGGGCGCCGUGGGCAGGAUGGGGUUAAAAACAGUCGAGUGUGUGCGUUGUAGUUUCCAACAGCACCGAUUCUCCAUUUGCUGAUAAAACGGUUAGGACGAGGCGAGCAGCGCUAGCAUGGUACUACAUUGUAAACUGUUAAUGCAAGCAUUUUUAAUUUUUUUUUGCAGACGAUGUUCCUUUUAAAGAAAAAAAAAUCAAAACAGAAAAGUUCACGGUGACCCGUUCCCACCCUCCAUUAACCCCCCCCCCUCCCCUGGAGCUCUGCUCAUAUUUAAAGUUUCCUUUCUCUGCCGCCCUCACUGAAGUGAAGAUAUCAGCGUGUUUUAUAAGACGACAGAUGAUGCAGUGAUUUAUUUAAAUGUUGAGAUAAUCUUAUAUUCUGAGGAGAGAAGAAGAAGAAGAAGAAAAAAAAAAAAGAUCACAACACUACUUUUUUCGGGGCCUUUUAUUCUGAAGUUACAUCAGGAAACGAAAAACGGCCCGGGUCCGGACUUUUUGUGGACGUGACAGAUCGACGUGACUCCGCCGUCAAACCUCGGAAGCCUUAAAUCGGUCGUCUGGUUUGCGGUUCAUAUUUAAAGUGACAGUAGGUGACUUCCACAUAACGUCAAAUGUAUCUAACGUGAUAACAGAUUUAUGCAGACUUGUUGAACGAGUAUAUCUAUUAUAGAAUUUACAAUUUGAUGUGGUUUUUGAAAAAACAUACCGACCAAUCAUCGACCUGUUGUCUCUUGAGACUCCUCCCCCUCCCCCUCCCCCCCCCCCCCUUCCCCCCCGUCCUGGAACAUUUGUUGUUGUUUUUUUUUGUUUUUUCGUUUGUUUUCUUUUGUUUUCUUUUGUUUAAACUACAGUUGGUGUUCAUUAAAGUGAUAAAGGAUUAUAAAAAACAAAAGAUGUGAAAUUAGUACCAGUUGAUUUUAAUGAGUGAGGUGUGAGUGUGCAUGCCUGGAAACAGAUUUGUAAUUUAUUUUGUAUUAUCUCACAGGCCAGGAGAUGAUCAUACUGGAUUACAAACGGUUAACGCAGCACUGAACCUGAUGAUGAAUAACGUGUGUGUAAAUAUAUAAAACAGCUGAGUCACACCUGAUGAUGAUGAUGAUGAGAAUAAAAAACAUGGUGACGGAUUGACUUAGACGAUUGCAGAGAGAAGUUUUAAAUGUCUACACAGUUUUGCUUUCAUAAAGUGUCUGUAGAAACCUUCGGGCAGCGUUUGGCUGCUUGAUUUUUUGUGUCGACCGUGCAGAGACAUUAAAUGUUCUUGUCUUUUUCUAAUGAAGCUGAAUUUAGUUCAACCUGUGGGAUGUUUUUGUGCUUCUGAUUUAAAGAUCUGUCGGGCAGGACAGCUUUGACUUCAGUGAUCCCGAGGCGAACGUAAAUAUGCAGUCCAAAUAAAGUAACACUUGACGAUA